CUCCGCGGGGCGAGAGGGUCGGUGGGGGGAGUCGGCGUUUCUCUCCCCCGCGCCAGCUCCCGUACACGGAGCCGCAUUCCUUGGCCCCCCCACCCCCUCCCUCGGGGCCCCCCCGCCCCCCUCGGGAAAAAAAAUCCACCCCAAAUCACUCGAACCCGAGGGAGGUUUCUUUCACCCUCGGGGAGACGAGCUCUCAACGGUUCCCUCUCAGCCGUCUCCCCCAAGCCCCCGUCCCCUCCCCUGCUCCCACCCCCUUCUCCCGGCGCCGGGUGCAAGGUCCCUUUAAGGCGACGGCGCCUUCCUCGGGUCAGACUACCGGCGGCGACGACCACGGGAGCAUGGCGGACACCGACCUCUUUAUGGAAUGUGAGGAGGAGGAGCUGGAGCCAUGGCAGAAAAUCAGUGAUGUCAUUGAGGAUUCUGUCGUUGAAGAUUAUAAUUCGGUGGAUAAAACUCCUACAGUUUCUGUGAGCCAGCAGCCAGUCUCGGCUCCAGUGCCCAUCGCUGCCCAUGCUUCUGUUGCUGGGCACCUCUCUACAUCCACCACCGUUAGUAGCAGCGGGGCACAGAACAGCGACAGUACAAAGAAGACUCUUGUCACACUAAUUGCCAACAACAAUGCUGGCAAUUCUUUGGUCCAACAAGGUGGACAGCCACUCAUCCUAACCCAGAAUCCAGCUCCAGGUCUUGGCACAAUGGUUACUCAACCAGUGUUGAGGCCUGUCCAGGUCAUGCAGAAUGCCAAUCAUGUGACCAGUUCUCCUGUGGCCUCACAACCAAUAUUCAUCACUACACAGGGAUUUCCUGUAAGAAAUGUCCGGCCUGUACAAAAUGCAAUGAAUCAGGUUGGGAUUGUGCUGAACGUACAGCAAGGCCAAACGGUUAGACCAAUAACACUAGUCCCAGCCCCAGGUACCCAGUUUGUUAAGCCGACAGUUGGAGUCCCACAAGUGUUCUCUCAGAUGACCCCAGUGAGGCCAGGCUCCACAAUGCCUGUGCGGCCCACCACCAACACCUUCACCACUGUCAUCCCAGCUACUCUGACCAUUCGGAGCACCGUCCCACAGUCCCAGUCCCAGCAGACCAAGUCCACACCCAGCACCUCCACCACUCCCACUGCCACACAGCCGACCUCACUGGGGCAGCUAGCUGCUCAGCCUCCAGGCCAGUCCAGCCAGACCCCCAAUCCCAAGCUAGCUCCCUCCUUCCCCUCUCCACCUGCAGUGAGCAUUGCCAGCUUUGUCACUGUGAAGCGACCUGGGGUUACAGGUGAAAAUAGCAAUGAAGUAGCCAAACUGGUGAAUACUCUUAACACCAUCCCUUCCCUGGGCCAGAGUCCUGGGCCAGUGGUGGUAUCCAACAACAACUCUGCCCAUGGCUCCCAGAGAACCAGCGGACCUGAAUCUUCAAUGAAAGUGACCUCUUCUUCCAUCCCAGUGUUCGACCUCCAGGAUGGUGGACGGAAAAUAUGUCCACGGUGUAAUGCUCAAUUCCGUGUUACUGAAGCUUUGAGAGGUCACAUGUGUUACUGUUGCCCAGAAAUGGUGGAAUACCAGAAGAAAGGAAAGUCUCUGGAUUCAGAACCCAGUGUCCCAUCAGCUGCAAAGCCCCCAUCCCCUGAGAAAACAGCUCCUAUUGCUUCCACACCCUCUUCUACACCUAUUCCUGCUCUGUCACCGCCUUCCAAAGUACCAGAGCCAAAUGAGAAUGUGGGUGAUGCUGUCCAGACCAAACUCAUCAUGCUAGUAGAUGACUUCUACUACGGACGGGAUGGUGGCAAAGUGGCCCAGCUCACAAACUUCCCUAAGGUUGCCACAUCUUUCCGAUGCCCACAUUGUACCAAAAGGCUAAAGAACAACAUUCGAUUCAUGAACCAUAUGAAACAUCAUGUAGAACUCGAUCAGCAGAACGGUGAGGUAGAUGGUCAUACUAUCUGCCAACACUGUUACCGCCAGUUUUCCACACCCUUCCAGCUCCAGUGCCACUUGGAAAAUGUUCAUAGUCCUUAUGAAUCGACUACCAAGUGCAAGAUCUGUGAGUGGGCGUUUGAGAGUGAGCCACUAUUUCUCCAGCAUAUGAAGGAUACUCAUAAGCCUGGAGAGAUGCCUUAUGUCUGCCAGGUGUGUCAAUAUCGCUCCUCCCUCUACUCUGAGGUAGAUGUCCAUUUUCGGAUGAUCCAUGAGGAUACUCGGCAUCUGCUCUGCCCUUAUUGCCUGAAGGUCUUCAAAAAUGGCAAUGCAUUCCAACAGCAUUACAUGAGGCACCAGAAGAGGAAUGUUUAUCACUGCAACAAAUGCCGGCUGCAGUUUCUCUUUGCCAAGGACAAAAUUGAACACAAGCUUCAGCAUCAUAAAACUUUCCGUAAACCCAAGCAGCUGGAAGGUUUGAAACCAGGCACAAAGGUGACAAUCCGGGCUUCCCGAGGGCAGCCACGCACUGUUCCUGUUUCCUCCAAUGAUGCACCUCCCAGCACCUUGCAGGAGGCAACACCCCUGACCUCCUCAACGGACCCUCUGCCUGUCUUCCUUUAUCCCCCCGUCCGACGCAACAUCCAGAAGAGAGCUGUUAGGAAAAUGAGUGUUAUGGGUCGGCAGACAUGCCUGGAGUGCAGCUUUGAGAUUCCGGAUUUCCCUAAUCAUUUCCCUACUUACGUUCACUGCUCUCUGUGUCGCUAUAGCACCUGCUGCUCUCGAGCCUAUGCCAACCACAUGAUCAACAAUCAUGUUCCACGCAAGAGCCCCAAGUAUUUGGCUUUGUUUAAAAAUUCUGUGAGUGGUAUCAAGCUGGCUUGCACUUCAUGUACCUUUGUUACCUCUGUGGGAGAUGCCAUGGCCAAACAUUUGGUAUUCAACCCCUCUCACAGAUCCAGCAGCAUCCUGCCACGGGGACUCACUUGGAUGUCUCACUCAAGACAUGGCCACAUUCGUGACCGAGUGCAUGACCGGAGCUUGAAGAAUAUAUAUACUCCUCCUGCCUUCCCCUCUAAUAAAACUGCCACUGUGAAAUCUGCGGGGGCCACCCCAGCUGAGCCUGAAGAGCUUGUGACUCCUGUGGCCCAAGCACUCCCAUCACCAGCCUCAACUGCAACCCCACCACCAACCCCAACUCACCCCCAGCCUUUAGCCCUUCCGCCCUUGGCCGCAGAGGGGGCCGAAUGUCUGAAUGUCGAUGACCAGGAUGACGGGAGCCCAGUCAUGCAGGAGCCUGAGCAGGCAAUAGGGGGCAGUAGUGGCAGUGGGGUUGGCAAGAAGGAGCAGCUGUCUGUGAAGAAGCUUCGAGUGGUACUGUUUGCCCUGUGCUGCAAUACGGAACAGGCUGCUGAACACUUCCGAAAUCCCCAGCGACGGAUCCGGCGUUGGCUUCGGCGCUUCCAGGCCUCCCAGGGGGAGAAUCUGGAGGGCAAAUACCUGAGCUUAGAGGCAGAAGAGAAGCUGGCUGAGUGGGUGCUAACCCAGCGAGAGCAACAGCUACCUGUGAAUGAGGAGACCUUGUUCCAGAAGGCCACCAAAAUAGGACGUUCUUUGGAGGGGGGGUUUAAGAUCUCUUACGAGUGGGCUGUGCGUUUCAUGCUCCGGCACCACCUGACUCCCCAUGCCCGGCGCGCCGUGGCCCACACCCUACCUAAGGAUGUGGCGGAGAAUGCAGGACUCUUCAUUGAAUUCGUACAGCGACAGAUUCACAACCAGGACUUACCCUUGUCCAUGAUUGUGGCGAUUGAUGAGAUCUCCUUGUUUCUAGAUACGGAGGUGCUGAGCAGUGAUGACCGUAAGGAGAAUGCCCUGCAGACAGUGGGCACAGGGGAACCGUGGUGUGAUGUGGUGCUGGCCAUUCUGGCAGAUGGCACUGUCCUCCCCACCCUGGUUUUCUACCGAGGACAAAUGGAUCAGCCUGCUAAUGUGCCAGACUCUAUCUUGCUAGAGGCGAAGGAGAGUGGCUACAGUGAUGAUGAGAUCAUGGAGCUGUGGUCCGCCCGAGUGUGGCAGAAGCACACGGCGUGCCAGCGCAGCAAAGGCAUGCUUGUGAUGGACUGUCAUCGCACUCACUUGUCAGAAGAGGUGCUGGCUAUGCUGAGUGCCUCUAGCACCUUGCCUGCAGUGGUCCCCGCGGGCUGUAGCUCCAAAAUCCAGCCGUUAGAUGUAUGCAUCAAACGAACUGUCAAGAACUUCCUACACAAAAAGUGGAAGGAGCAGGCUCGGGAAAUGGCAGAUACUGCGUGUGAUUCGGACGUCCUGCUUCAGCUGGUGCUGGUCUGGCUGGCUGAGGUGCUGGGUGUCAUUGGGGACUGUCCAGAGCUGGUGCAACGGUCCUUCCUUGUGGCUAGUGUUCUGCCUGGCCCUGAUGGCAACAUUAACUCACCCACAAGAAAUGCUGACAUGCAGGAGGAGCUCAUUGCCUCCCUCGAGGAGCAGCUGAAGCUGAGUGGGGAACAGUCUGAGGAGCCCUCAGCUUCCACUCCCCGACCCAGGUCAUCUCCUGAAGAGACAAUUGAGCCUGAAAGCCUUCACCAGCUCUUUGAGGGUGAAAGUGAGACCGAGUCCUUUUAUGGCUUUGAAGAAGCUGACCUAGAUCUGAUGGAGAUUUGAGUGUUGGCAUCAUGAGCGGGUGUGGAGUGGGGGUGGGAAAGUGUGAAGGGGGGGGUAGAGGGACUUAGGGAAAGGGGGUUAUGCCAGGUCGGGUAUUUGGUUUAUAUUUUUUAAUUUUAUGCCACCACUCCCCCCAACGUUGACUCUGUUUCCCUGUGGAUUUGUGGAUUAUUAGGAAUACCAGUAGUGAUCCCAUCUGAGCCAAGGAGCUGGCCCAUUGGUCAUUCACUUCUGCUAAAAACAGGUUUUCGUGACUUUUUUUUUUUUUUUUUAAUUUAAAUCACUGUGUGUGGUAUUUUUCUGACAAAAUCAAGAAAAAGAAAAAAAAUUCUUCGUGGAUGAAUGUUAAAAAUUUUUUGUUUCCCCUUUUACCUCAACUGUAUCAUAGUACAUCUGGUUUUUUUUGUUUGUUUUACUGUGUGGCAAUGUCUUUGGGCAUGAUGCUAUCCAACCAUUGUCAAUGUGAGAACAUUUCUGAAGAUGGGAAAGACAAAAAUAUGUAGCUCACAAACUGGUUUAUUAUAUAUAUGGAUAAAAACUUUUUUCAUUGUGGUCUUAACACUUUUAUAUAAAAAUGAAAAUGGAAAAAAAAAAUCCCACCGAACUCUCUCUUCCUUCUCCUUUGUUUCCUUCCCUCUCCAGAGAUGUUGGUUUCUACAGCAACUCUGAGAUAUAAAAUUUUGGCUUUAAAAAUGCAUGAAACCACCUCUCAUCCAGAAUGAAGAAUUAGAUUUGUUUUUCCUCACCACCCUCCCUCCAACAAAAACAUGACAAAACCAAUAUUCUUUGCACUUGGGAUCUUAGCCCCUUUUCCCAUGCUCACACCAUCACUCUGGACAAAGGAUCAUACAUGUGUCGUUAGCAAGCAAGAGGUAUUGAGGUGAUUACAGCAUUAGGGUGGGAGCCUUCCCAGUGUAUGGGUCUUCAUCAUGUUAAGUGGAUAGUAUGCCUGUUCCAGAGAUCACAUGUCCUACAGCCAGGAGCUAAUUGUGCAAGAAGUUAAGUGUUGAACUUUAAAAACAAGACAGACCACUUGUUGAAAUCCUGCUUACCCUGUGGCUUUCCUUAUUUCUUUUAAUGCUUAGAGAAGAUGGUGACCUGAAGAAGAAACACACAGGGGUGUGCACAAAGAAAAAGACAUGAAUCUUUAUUUUUCACUGCCAGCUUCAAGGAAAGAAAAUUUUUCUACAGUUUGCAUGAGGGAUUUUUUUUAACUGUAUGUACUCAUGGUUAUAAACUGAAAUGUACUGUAUCAUACAUAGAAAAGGAACAAAAACCCAAGUCCAGCUUUCCCACAGCUACACCUUCUGUCCAUCCCAAGGCUUUCAGCAACAUGUCCCUCCUGGGAGCCAAGGAGGCAGCCUGCAUAGGCUUGUAAAUGGUUCAUCUUUAAAAUGUACAUAAAUGGAACAUUUAAUAAAAUGAGGGGAAAUGGAUUUAUAAACAAUGUGGUUUUUUUCUAGGUAACCCUAUUUUAGUAGGCUUUUCACAGACUGGGACAUGCUCAAGAUGUGAUGGGCCUGGUGGUACAGGGGUGACAUUUGUUACCACCUGUUUCUCCUCACCUCCAUUUUUUUGGUUUUUUAACCCCCAGCACACUAUAAUAUAGUGAACUGGAGUGAUCCUGCCCAUAAACAGCUUGGCCAACUUCAUGAACCCAUGGCAUCUGAAAAGUGAACUGAGGAUCCAUCUUCUCUUGGGCUUCUCUUCCCCAGCUUUUUGCCUGAUGCCAUUUUGACAGUAUGGACUUUGAAGUCAACCCUUUGCCUUUGAGAAAGUUCAAGAACUAUGGUCAACUAUCUACAAUGACCUAAUCCUCCUCUUUGGUAGUCUCCACAGCAGCCCCAGCCUCAGCAGAGCUGGGUUCCUGUCCUCUGCAUACUGUAUGACUUUCUUGAGGGGUAAUUUUUUUAAGACCAUUAACACCAACAGUGGAUCAGCUGGGUUUUGGCCAGGAAGUUAUCUUUGUGGAUUCCGCCCGCAUGGCUUAGUAGUAGAAGGAAGUUUUUUUUGUUUUGUUUUUUUAUAAUUCAGUUUAAUCAAUAAACAAGUAUUUAUUGACUA